GUUGGUGUUGCUAUUCAGCUGCUUAAAAUCUACUUCAAGGUUUUUCUGAAUGACCGCUAAUUGUAGCGUGGUUAGGACAUAACAUACAACAACAUAAACACUGCGAGAUGUUCAUUUUUUAGAAAAGUACGCGACUUGAUAGGAGCUAUUUUUAUUUCGUUACUGUAUUCCUGUGAUAUAAUUGUAAGUUCACAAUAUAUCAGUUAAUAAUGCCACUUCAACUUGAGGCAAUGUCAAGCAGGAAGCGUAGACCCAAUUGGACAGACCAGGAGUGUUAUCUUCUUGCUCAACUCGUCCAUGAAAGAAAAGAAAUAAUCAGAGGCAAGUGCACGACUGGUGUAUAUGAUAAACGACAGGCUUGGGACGAAAUCACCCACACCAUCAACUCAGCCUUUCCACAGAUGGAGCGCACGGUGUCUGACUGCAGCAAAAAGUGGGAAAAUUUGCUUGCAAAGUCAAGAGAGGAGAUCAAACGUCAGAAGAUGCAAACAGGUACAGAUGAUGACCUGUCCCUGGAUCAGUUUAGUGCAUUGACCCAGAUUGUGAUUUCUGUGAUGAACCCUUCAGUACUGCAACAGGAUGAAGAGGACUCCCAGCCCUUUGACUUGGUGGAAAGUCAACAAAACAGUGGCAGUAAAGAAGGAAGCAUGUUCUCAACUGGUGAACAAUUUAAGGCAAAACACGAGCAGGCAGAUCUUGUGCUACCCGCCUAUGCUGGAGAUCCACCGACACCACUGGGACAAAAAAUGACUCCUUUUUCUACCUUUCCAAAAGCACUCGCAGUGCAGUUCAGUCCUCAUUAUCCUUCUGCGUCGGGAGAACAGUCAAAUUCCCACUGCUCCCCUUGCACAAAUGCAGCACAAUGCACCACAUCACAGGAAAGAAUUGAUUUGGAAAUGUCUGUGCUCAGAAGACAAGAGAAAGUCCUCAAACUUCAAGAGGAGUAUUAUACACUAAAAAUUGAGUGGAUGAAGAAGCAAAUGGCACAAUCUACUUUACAAGACUAACGUGUGUCCACCAGUUGCAUAUGCUUGAACACUUUGAUGCAUCCUUUUAUUUAUAUUAGGGCACUAAAUAGCGUACUGGUGUAGUAUGGAAUUCAUAUUUUGCCUCAGAGAAUAUUGAGCACUGGCUGUUCGCAGGUAUUAAGGGCCACACCCUGAUGUGAUUGAGGGAGAGGCGUCAGUCAAGUGCACAUAAUAAAUUUUGAGACUACUGUUAAAGCAACACUAGGUAACUUUUCAACCUUAUAAAAUACUUUCCAGGGCUGUCAAAAUUAUCGCGUUAACGGGCGGUAAUUAUUUUUAAAAAUAAUCACAUUAAAAUAUUUGACGCAAUUAACGCACAUGCCCCGCUCAAACAGAUUAAAAUGACAGCACAGUGCAAUGUGCACUUGUUACUUGUGUUUUUUGGAGUUUUGUCGCCCUCUGCUGGCGCUUGGGUGCGACUGAUUUUAUGGGCUUCAGCACCCAUGAGCAUUGUGUAAUUAUUGACAUCAACAAUGGCAGGCUACUAGUUUAUUUUUUGAUUGAAAAUUUUACAAAUUUUAUUAAAACAAAAACAUUAAGAGGGGUUUUAAUGUAAAAUUUCUAUAACUUGUACUAACAUUAUCUUUUAAGAUCUACAAGUCUUUCUAUCCAUGGAUCACUUUAACAGAAUGUUAAUGCCAUCUAGUUGAUUUAUUGUUAUAAUAAGCAAAUACAGUACUUAUGUACCGUAUGUUGAAAGUAUAUAUCCAUCUUGUGUCUUAUCUUUCCAUUCCAACAAUAAUUUACAGAAAAAUAUGGCAUAUUUUAUAGAUGGUUUGAAUUGUGCUUAAUUACGAUUAAUUAAUUUUUAAGCUGUAAUUAACGCAAUUAAAAAUUUUAUACGUUUGACAGCCCUAAUAUUUUCAUAACUUUUGUUAUGAUAUGUUGACUGACAACAGGGGUGUGCCAUCUUGGGCACCCCAUGAUUCGAUUCGAUUACGAUUCAGGGUGCUACGAUUCGAUUCUUGAACGAUAAUCAUGGUAUUGACGAUGACCACGGUUAUCACGAUUAUCGAUGCGUCGUACAUUACAAAUUAAUAAAGCAGAAAAACAAAUUUUUGUCCAUUAUUUAUUUUAAAAAUCCUAAUGAUUCAACAGGAACGAUGGAAACAUGCCCAUACAACAAAAAACUGCCCUUAAACUGCUUUUUUAUUUAUUCAUUUUUACAAGAAAGUGCAAAAACAUUAACCAUUUGAAAGGGAGUACUUAUUUCACUCAACAAUACAAUAAAAUGUACACAGGUGGAAUGAAUUCCACAUUUUCUGGAAACAAAGUGUCUUGAGAAAUAAGCAUUCUUUUAACCAACAUACUUUGUUUUCACAGAUUUCUGUUCUAUUUCGCAUGUUUGUAGUGUUAAUGAUGUACUUAAUCAUGGUUUUACACGUUGUGCAUAUGAAAUACACGUUAGCGAAUUGGCUAAUUAGCUUAGCGCUCGGCGCUAACUAUUAACACCUCGAAAACAACAAAAAUAAAAGCUAAACAGUAUAAGAGGGUUCGUGUACUCACCUCUUAUAGACGCACACGGGUCUUAGCAACACACUCAGGACAUUUUUCAAUUGACAUGACUUGAAACUACAGCAGGACAUCUGAAAGACGAGGAGCAACGAACUAUCUCUCUUCAAAAAUUAAUUUUCCAGUCUUUUGACAAAGAGUAAAUCUCUCACUCAGUUACAGGAAGCAUCCAUUAUAAUGUUUUGAGUGCAUCUGUAAUAGGUGUGCGAGUGGCAGACGUGUCUUGAUUUUCGUUCCGCUACGAGCGGCUGUCAAAGUUAUGAGGGAAAAUCCUCGUUUUUGAGCCUUUAUGAAUCGUAAUUGAAUCGUCAUGUGUCGAAUCGCGAUGCAUGUAAUAAUCGAUUUUUUGGAACGACUGACAACUAGUUGAAUGACACCUCAUAUCUUGAAGGGGUCCAUAUCGCUUUAACCGGCAUUAAUUAACUUUAAGUAGGGUGGCAGGAACCCUGCCACACACACACACACACACACACAAAAAAAAACUACACAUUUUCUGACUGCUUUACGGCAUAGGUCACUUCCCCCUUCCCCCAUUCAUUAUAAAGACGGAAGUUGAUGCUAACGCUUUUCCGCGAGUUCUGCAAAGAUGGCAGAGCAACAGCAGCAAAAUCUUUGUCUGAGGAGAAAAUAGGGCGGCUAACAGGGUAUACAGAAUAAACAUUGGCCCAGCUUUCACUCGCUGGCGUGACACCCCCCCCACCGAAUUUGUCAGCGCUGCCGAAUUUGGGUGGGGUUGGCCACACGGUUGCUAAACGUCAAAUGCUAUUGUUUAGCCACAACUGGAUUCAUUACCUUAUUAGUUUUCAUCCUUCACACAGCCGUUGGAAACAGAAAUGUUGUUUAAUUCAUCUGCAGGCAACCAUCAUGAUUUGCGCUGGUCCUCAUGAAAAACGAAGCGCUGGUUCUCAUGGGAAACGCAGUCUUCCUUAAGGCAAAACACUACCCCUUUUGUCCACCGACGUCGCUAAAAUCGACCAAAACUGAAAAGUUACCAAGUGUUGCUUUAAAUUGAUUUAUUUAAAAAAAAAAAAAAGUAUUUCUUUUAUUUGCUAACAACCCGCUCAGGAAGUUGGUUUGCGAACCAGUGGUUGAAGACACAAUUUCAAGUACUGAAAAGCUUUAAAUAUACAGUAUGUAAAAUUAAAAAAAAAAAAGGUAUUACCACUAUCAAAUGUGUUUGGGUGACUCAAAUUUGGAAUUAUCUUAAGGGAUGUGACAUCUGGAUAUGGUAAUAAAAUCAUUUUAAAAUCCACCAUUAAUCUCUAAUCAAAACGGUCAUUUUGUGAUAUGAUUUACUAGGUUGCAUAAUUUUUUUUAAACUGUCAUGUAACUGUUGUAGGAAUCUAAACUGUUAUCCAAAAAUAUUGUGACAUUUGCUUAUUGCCCUAAGUGAUGCAUUUUUUGCUGCAUACCACAACUAUGUGUUCUUAACGCCAAUUAAUCAGUUAUUAUAAAGUCAAUUUGAUCAAGGUGGAGUGAGGUCUGAACAUGUUUGCAAUCUGUAAAAUUUGGAAAGUAUGACAGCAAACACUGCCCGUAGCGCAGACUUACUGUGGUCAUGUAUUGAGGCAUGUUAAAGGUCUACUUACAUAGUUAUUUUUAAAAAGAUAAUUUAAAUGUUUUGAAAAGGAAAGGCUACUGGUAUGGUUUUCUUUGUGACAUUGAGUUUCAUAGAAUUUAAAGUGCAAAUUUGGAAGCUUUACAUGCUACUGCUGUAAGAAAUUUAUUUAUGCCAGUGUAAAUAGUUGAAAUUAUGUCCGGUCUAGACAAAAAUGUUGUAAUUUGUGCAUAAUAUUUCUCAUAAAGCCAUGUAUUUGUAAGUGACUGAGCCUCACACUCAAAUGUAAGUGCAGAGGCCAACCUUUUUAAA